AUGAAAAAAGAGUUUUCUGAUGUGAAAAAUUCCUUGGUACCUGCUUCAAUCCUUCUUGCUAAUGUUUAUGCAGCAUCAGGUGAUAGUGAAAAAGCAUCAGACAUUAAAGAUCAUUUAUAUCGAUCAGGUGCAAAGAGGAAAAUCGGUAUAACAGUGACUGAACUCAAUGGAAAGUUGCUACAAUUUUGUGCUCAUGAUCAAUCUCAUCCUCGAUCAGUUGAUAUUUAUGCUGAAAUUAAUCGAAUAUCAAAGGAAUUAAUUGAACAUGGUCAUGAGUACGAUGCAAGUUGGAUUGUACGCUCAAUUAGACCCGAUGAAACAAUUCAAUCGAUUCUAUGCGGACAUAGUGAACGAUUAGCUAUAGCAGUUCAUUUUAUCGACAAUCAAAAGCCCAAACGAAUUCAAAUGACAAAAAAUCUUCGCAUUUGUGGUGAUUGUCACCAAGCAACGAAAUUAAUUGCUGCUAUUCGUCAAUGUCACAUUAUUGUCCGCGAUGCCAAUCGUAUUCAUCAUUUUCACCCUAAUGGACAAUGCUCAUGUCAAGAUUAUUUUUAG